GCACUGCUAUCUCUUUGGUGGCUGCAGGUGUAUCUGCAGCAAUGAAUGAGCUGCGUCCAUGUGCCCCAAUAAGUCUAAAACAUGUCGUUGCCCAAGAAUUGAUUAAGGGAUUACGAGCUGUUUCUGAUUCAUUGUUGCUGUACAAUACAACUCGAGUGCUCAGAGCGAACGAAUCAGGACUUUUCCUCUCACUCUGCCGGGCAUUUAUUGAGGUUGCUUAUCCUCAUUCUGCAACAUGUUUUGGACGAUGUUACCCCGGUGGAGCAACAAUUAUUAUGGAUGCUAAGAACUUGUAUGACGGAAUCAGCCGCCUAUUAGAGACAUCCUCUGCUGCAAGAGAGCUCCCAAAACCAGUGAACAAUGGCAAAGCAAAGGGUGCAGAUGAGAAUGGCGAUGUUCCGGCAGCAGCAGAGAACGGAGAAACCACUAUUGUAUGAAUUUUUGUGUUAGAUAUAUAAUUAU